AUGGUCGCAAGGUCCAUGGCCACAGGUUCGUCGUACUACCUUCCCUCACCCUCGACGCGUUUUCUUGACUCCAACGACAGAAUUAAGUUUGUUGUUGUAACGGGCGGAGUCUGCAGUUCGCUUGGAAAAGGUGUUACGACCUCUGCGACCGGGGCCCUGCUGCGCGCACAGGGCUACCGUGUGUGUAGCAUUAAGAUUGACCCUUACAUCAACAUGGAUGCAGGAUUAAUGAGCCCCUUCGAGCACGGCGAGGUGUAUGUUCUUGAGGAUGGAGGCGAAGUAGACCUCGACUUGGGUAAUUAUGAGCGCUGGAUGUCCGUUUCUUUAGGGCGUGAUCACAACAUUACGACCGGUAAAGUGUUUCAGAAGCUCAUUGAGAAGGAGCGUGCCGGUGGAUUUUUGGGGAAGACGGUGCAGUUAGUGCCGCACUU